AUGAUAUAAAAUGAUGAGAAGCUAUAAUAUCCCUGGGAUUGUGUGGUUUGUAAUUAAUAAAAUGAUUACUUUCUCAAAAAAUGUUAAUAUUGUGGAACUGUGAAAGAGCAAUUUUGUCAAUAAAUGAAAUUUGAUUGUAAUUAAUAAAUAAAAUUUAAGACUAAUAAAAUGAUAAUUAAGGAUUUACAGAGAUCAAUAUAAUAGAUUUUGAUUGCAAUAAAGUAGAAGAUAGAAGAGAGAUUUUGGAAUUACUUAUAUGUAAGUUAAAAUUAUCAGAAUCUAAUUAUAAUGUUGUCUUUUCAAAACAACUUAUUAUUAAGCCUUAUUUAAUACCUCUUAUUCAAAAUCCAGAGUAUAGCACUAUUACAUAAGAAUAAGCUGAUUAAGGUAUUUCAUUUUAAGAAUCUUUUUAAUUUUUGUCUGGUGAUAUAUAUAUAUUUGAGAAUAAAGAAAAAGCUAAGAUAUAUUUAGAAUAAUGUUAAUAUUGCAAUUUAUAGUGUCCAAUUAAAAAAUAUAUUGAGCUUAGAAGAGUAUAUCCUAAUUCUAAUGGUUAAUUAACUUUAAAUGCUAUGAUGAAGGAAUUGAAAAUACCAUAUUAAUGUAUUAAUAUUUUUGAAUUACUUAGCUGAUUGUUUUGCUUUAGCAGAAGUUGUAAGUGAAUUAUUAGACAGAGCCUAUAAAUUUGAAUUAAAUAUGUUAUAAACAUUGAAAUUUCCAAUACCAGAAGAAGAAGCUAGAUUAUAAGGAUUUGACAAUAUAAUCAUUCUUGAUUUUGAAGCAACAUGUAUAAGAGAGGCAGAUAAGAAAUACUUAUAAGAAAUUAUAGAGUUUCCAGCAUAAGUUUAUAAUAUUUAGGAAAGAAAAGUUAUAAAAGAAUUUUCUAAAUAUAUUAAACCAAUUGAAAAUCCUAUUUUAAGUGAAUUCUGCACAGAAUUAACAGGAAUAACUUAAUAAUAAGUUGAUGAAGGUAUACCACUUGAUUAAGCUAUUAAUGAAUUUAUAUAGUUUAUAUAAGGAUUGUAAAAAUGCUGUAUAUUAACUUGUGGAGAUUAUGAUUUACAUUUACUAAAAAAAGAAGGAGCUAGAAAAGGAAUUCCUAUUUAAAGAGAAUUACAAUAUUAUAUAAAUAUAAAAAAAGGUAUUAUAAUUAUUUAUUCAAAGUGUUUCCAAAAAGCUUAAGAAAUCCAAAAGAUUUAAAGGAUCCUUGUAUGGUAGAAAUGUUAAAACUUUGUGGAUUAGAUUUGUUAGGUAGACAUCACAGUGGAAUUGAUGAUGUCAAGAAUAUCACAAGAAUUGUUCAUUAUUUAAUAAAUGAAAAAAACUUUUAAUUUGAUGAGAGAAUGGUUUCUUACACAUUCAAAAUUUGA